UGUGCACUUGCGCAGUCAGCGGCCUAGCGCCUAGGAAUGCGCACGCGCACAUUCGAAGAGACGCUCUGCGCCUGCGCAGAUGCGAUGGCUUGCCACGCUAUGCGCCUGCGCACAGCCAGCUUCCCGUGGUUUCUCAGAGCUUUAGUCAACAUUUUGUAAAUUUCCAGUGCUACAUAAAAUAGAGACUUUGGUAUUGAAGAAAAUGAAGAGAAACCUAAAUGAAAAUUCAACUCGAAGUACAGCAGGCUGUUUGCCUGUGCCAUUGUUCAAUCAGAAAAAGAGGAACAGACAGCCAUUAACUUCUAAUCCACUUAAGAAUGCUCCAGGUAUCAGUACUGUUUCUGACAGUUAUGAUUUUCCUCCUCUACUAACAGAUUGGGCCUGGGAAGCUAUGAAUCCAGAGGUGGAUCCUUUUAAGAAAACAAUGAAUACGGGGCAAAUAAAGCCUUCACCUUCUUUUCCCCUGAGAAGUCAAGAUUCUGUGUCUAAAUCUAUUCAGUCAAAUACAGAAAGGAGCCAAAGUAGUUGGAGUUACAGAGAUGACAGCAGAAAUACCAGCUUGAAAACUUGGGAUAAAAAUGACUUUAGACCUCAGUAUAAAGCAACAAAGAUAGCAGCAAAUGAUGGAAUAAAUUCUUGUUCAAUGGCUUUGGGAGCUCAGCAACAGAAACAAUUAGGAAGAUCUGAAGUUCCUAACUUACCUGGACACGAAGAAACUGAACUACAAACAUGUUUAUCAAAAAUGCCUGGCCCCACAAUAAAAGGCCUGGACAAAACCAGUACAUUACAGGCAUUUAAGCCCAGUUUUCAACAAAAUCAAUUUAAGAAAAAAAUGUUGGAUGCCAUUCCAGAAAUAAACACUCCAAAGGAAGCCUCCUUGUAUCAGUUACAGUUUAAGGAAAAAACCAAUUCUUUAAGAGUUAUUUCUGCAGUUAUUGAAAGCAUGAAGUACUGGGGUGGACAUAUGCAGAAAACUCUACUUCUUUUUGAAGUAUUGGCUGUCCUGGAUUCAGCUGUUACACCUGGCCCAUAUCAUUCAAAGACUUUUCUUAUGAGAGAUGAGACAAAUAUUAUGCAAUGUGUAUUUUAUGAAAUUGAUCGUGAACUUCCAAGACUGAUUAGAGGCCGAGUUCACAGGUGUAUUGGACACUAUGACCCAAAGAAGAACAUUUUCAAAUGUGUUUCUGUCAGGCCAGCUUCUGUUUCUGAACAAAAGACUUUCCAAGCAUUUGUUAAAAUUGCAGAUGAUGAGAUGAAGUAUUAUACUAAAGUAAAGAAUGAACCUUAAAUAGUGACAAAGGGGGGUUAAACAGUAUAAAAUGAAGCAUUUGUUGUUAUUUGCUCU